ACUUUUUGUCAUUGUUUACAUGAUUUUGUGAAUUAAAAAGAUAGACUGAUUUUAUACACUGCCAUGGAAGAGGGCCCAAUGGAGACCAGCUCACCCACAGAGUCCAACUCCGAUGUUAACUUCCCGACUGAAGAGGAGAAAUCGACGGAGCGAGCGGCGGCGGCCGGCUUUUGCUAUUGCGGGAAAGAACGCAACCUGAACCUCGUCGAGCUGCUCUGCGCCACAUGCUCGCGCUGGGUGCACGAGUCCUGCGUGUCCCACCAGCUGGGCAAGGGAAAACUGCUGCCAUUCAUCACCAACUAUGUGUUCGUCUGCAAGAACUGCUCCGCCACGGGUCUGGAGAGCUUCCGAAAGAGCCAGGCCACCAUUUCCCAGAUGUGCCACUGUGCCAUUGCCAACAUGCAGCAGGCGGCAUCUCGCGAUGGCAACCGACAGAUCCAAUUCAGCAAGGACAAGGAGAUCAUUCCCUACAUCGAGCAGUACUGGGAGGCCAUGACCACAAUGCCGCGCCGGCUCACACAGUCCUGGUACAGCACCGUCCAGCGUUCCCUGGUCAAGGAUGUGCAGACCCUCUUCACCUACGAGGAGCAUUUGGAGAACGGUGCCAUGUACGGACUGUUCCACCAGGACCUGCGCCUCAUCAAGCCCAACUAUGAGAGCAUGAGCAAGACGGGUGCACUGCGGCUCACCGAAGAUGGCUAUACGCAAGCAAAUCUUGCCAAGAACAACAGGCAGAAGCGCAAAUUUCCUGGAACCGAUUCGGGACCCACGGGGAAGAAGGGUCGCCCGAGCUCCGACAUAACUGCCAACGUAAAGCUGCCACCACAUGGCUACCCCCUGGAACAUCCGUUCAACAAGGACGGCUAUCGGUACAUACUGGCCGAGCCCGAUCCGCAUGCCCCAUUCAGGCAGGAGUUCGACGAGAGCUCAGACUGGGCGGGCAAGCCUAUACCCGGCUGGCUGUACCGCACCCUGGUGCCCCAUGCGGUACUGCUGGCCCUGCACGAUCGGGCGCCACAGCUGAAGAUCAGCGAGGAUCGACUGGCGGUGACGGGGGAGCGUGGCUACUGCAUGGUGCGCGCCACACACUCUGUUAAUCGCGGCUGCUGGUACUACGAGAUCACCAUCGAGGAGAUGCCCGAGGGAGCUGCCACGCGCCUGGGCUGGGGUCGAGAGUAUGGAAAUUUACAGGCACCACUGGGCUACGACAAGUUCGGCUACUCCUGGCGGUCGCGCAAGGGCACCAAGUUCACAGAGAGCCAUGGAAAGCAUUACAGCGAAUCCUAUGUGGAGGGCGAUACCCUUGGAUUUCUCAUUGAACUGCCCGAGGAGGCAUCUCUGGAGUAUCUGCCAAAUACGUUCAAGGAUCGGCCACUGGUGAAGUUCAAGUCCCAUCUGUACUACGAGGACAAGGAUAAGAUCAAUGAAACGCUCAAAAAUCUUCACAUACUGCAGGGCAGCCGCAUCGAGUUCUUCAGGAAUGGAGAGUCGCAGGGCGUGGCAUUCGAUGACAUCUAUGCGGGCAGCUAUUUCCCCGCAAUAUCCAUACACAAGAGUGCCACUGUAAGCGUGAACUUUGGCCCAGCCUUCAAGUAUCCCGACGUGCUCGCCGAGCGUAAGGCUAAAGGGAUGAACGACCGUGUGGAGGAGCUGAUUACGGAGCAAUGCUUAGCCGAUACCCUCUACCUUACCGAACACGAUGGCCGUCUGCGAUUGGACAACAUUGGUUUGUAGCUUCCGUCUGCAAAUGAUUCCGAAUAAAGCAUCCUUUAAGUUCA